CGCGCCUUCCCGCCAGCUGCGCAACUUGGGUCUUUCCUUCUUCGGCAGCUUUUGUCUCCGGAGAACCACCAGGCAGAGACCCCUCCAGCUCUUCCCAGCGCCUAGGUGGCUCUCUCUCGGGGAUCUAGAGUAGUGACAAGUGACUUUGUGCGUCUUUAUUCGCUUCCCACUUAUUGAAAAGCGUGCAAGAGGGUGUCGGAGGACGGAAGAGAAGGGGAGAGAGACCGCAGCACUCCGCAGCCGCGGCUCCAGGACACCACGGCCCCCCGCGGCUUCCGCAGCCCUGCUGGUCCCCCGGGCGCACAGCUCCGCCAUGCAGUGCCCCUGGAAAGGCCUUUGGGCGGCUCCCGUGCUCCUUCUCCUGCCCUCGCUCGCCUUGGCCUCUGCAACCUACGGUGACCUGCCUGGCACCAGGGCCUCAAAGGGCCACACCUGUGUAGGGUGUGUGGCGGUGGUGUCGGUGAUUGAACAGCUGGCCCAAGUUCACAACUCCUCGGUCCAGGCCUCCAUGGAGAGACUGUGCAGCUACCUGCCCGAAAAGAUGUUCUUAAAAGCCGCCUGCUACAUCGUGGUUAGCAUGUUUGGACUGGACAUCAUAAAGCUGCUGGACGCUGACAUGAAUGCUGAUGUGGUGUGUCACACCCUGAAGUUCUGUCACCAGGAGCCUGGACAGGCCUUGUGUCACCUCUACCCGCUGUCCCAGGAACCCUGGAAAUUCACCCUGGAGAAGGCAAGACAGAUGGUCAGGAAGUCUCCAACUCUGAAGCAUUCCAGAAGCAGUUCUGACAUUUGUUCACUCCCGUUCUUGGCCAAGAUCUGCCAGGAGAUUAAAUCAAGCAUAAAGAAUUCCGUGCCGUUCAGAGAUGCUGACGCAGACAAACACAGCCCGUUCCCAACUCUGCGCGGCUACCACUGGCGGGGGCGGGACUGCAACGACAGCGACGAGACGGCGUACCCCGGCAGGAGACCCGACAACUGGGAUGCGCACCGGGACUCCAACUGCAACGGCAUCUGGGGUGUCGAUCCAAAAGAUGGGAUUCCCUAUGAGAAGAAAUUCUGCGAAGGUUCCCAGCCCAGGGGCAUCGUUCUGCUGGGAGACUCGGCGGGGGCUCACUUUCACAUCCCUCCCGAAUGGAUCACAGCCUCGCAGAUGUCCCUGAAAUCCUUCUUCGAUCUGCCAGCGGCCCUUACCGACGAGCUCGACUGGCCGCAGCUCUCUGGCGCCACGGGAUUCCUCAACUCCACCAGCGGAAUUAAAGAAAACUCUCUGUACUUUCAUCUAUGGAAAAGAAACCGCUGCAAUCACAGAGACUACCAGAAUCUUUCAAAAAACGGUGCAUCUUCCCAAAACCUGGAGGAAUUUAUAAAAAGUUUGUCUAGGAACCCCCUGCUGGACCAGCCGGCCAUCGUCAUAUACGCCAUGAUUGGGAAUGACGUCUGCAACGGGAAGACUGAUCCAGUCCCAGAAAUGACCACUCCUGAGCGAUUCUAUCCCAAGGUCAUGGAGACUCUGAAGUACCUCAAUUCCCACCUGCCGAACGGCAGCCACGUUAUUCUAUAUGGCUUACCAGACGGGACCUUUCUCUGGGACAACCUGCACGACAGAUACCACCCUCUCGGCCAGCUGAAUGCGGACGUGACCUACAGGCAGUUCUAUGCCUUCCUCAGCUGCCUGCAGGUCAGCCCCUGCCACGGCUGGAUGUCUUCCAACGGGACUCUCCGGGCCCUCACUUCCAAGAGAGCAGAACAACUCUCCAACGUGCUGAAAAAAAUCGCAGCCACCGAGAAAUUUCCAAACUUCGACCUUUUCUACCUGGAUUUUGACUUCCAAGAAAUUACGAAGAAGUGGCAGCAGAGAGGCGGGCAGCCCUGGCAGCUCAUCGAGCCCGUGGAUGGAUUCCACCCCAACGAGGUGGCUUUGCAGCUGCUGGCCGACGGGCUCUGGGACAAGGUGCAGCUCCGGUGGCCCGAGGCGCUGGGAAAGGAGAAUCCAUUCAACCCCCAGAUUGAACAGGUGUUCGGAGACCAGGGGGGACACUAGGUGCCCGAGGGACGUGCGCUCCUGGGAGCUCCGGGACACGGGAGCUUAUUGCAGGGGCUGCGCUCUCCCAGACUCGCAGCUUCUCCGCAGCAGCACCUUUGCGGUGGUUUCCCCCUUUAAGCGCAUUAUCUGCACGACGGUGUGAUUCUGUGAGCUGCUGGGGUCUCAGUUCCCCCCAGCCGACGCGCAUGUCACCUUGAAUCAGGUGCUUCGGGUGCCAUUCCAACCAAGGGAGCAUCUGUGCCCUUGAAUGGCUAACUGUUGUAAGGACAAAUGGGAAAUCCAGCAGCUUAUCCAGGGUGGAGGUCAGGGUCAGGGUCACGGUCAGGGUCAGGGUCUCAGUGUGCCAGGGACUGACCCGGCCUCACUGGCGACCCUGAACGAGGGCUCCUCCUGGGAAGGCUGCUGGCUGGCUGCCAAAGACGCUCACCCCCAAAAACUAUAAACAGAAAAUUAGGUACAAACCUGCAUAUUUACUUAGAAACAGAAAACAAAUCACAGCAAUGUACGCGUUUUUUAAGUUGACAAACACCACAACCCCCACGAGGUCAGAAGACAAUGACUUUCCUUAGAAAACAUUCCUUUCCUUGGAAGAUUGUCUGACAUUCUUGGGCAGAGCAACCAGGUUGCCUGCUCCCCAAGAACCAGUACUUGUCGUGGUUCUGUGAUGAUGCCCCUGUCUGCAGAUGGAACCGAAGAAUAAAAGCAGUUGCUUGU